UCUCUGCCGCACCCGAUGUACCCAAAGUUAAAGUUGUCUCUGGUUCAGGAGUAUCCUAAAACACGGGUAGCACAGUCUCAUUUUGCCCUCCUGGAAGUUGGCUGGUGCUUCAUCAGCAUGAAACUGAAGCUGCUCCUCCUUUGCCUCUUCUUGGCUGUGCUGCUUAUACCCACUGAGUCAAAUCCCAAUCAAAAAGACAAACACAAAGACAAACAUGGACCUCCACGACACCAGAGGCCCUCACCAGGGCGGGAGAGGAGGCUGAGGUUUGAAGACAUAAUUGAAGACAUCUUCUUCAAGGAUCCAACUGAAGAUGACGAGGAUGAAGACACUGUGAAUUUAGACUGGCUUUUUGAUCUUCAGGAUCCUGAAGGCCGGUGCACACCCAACCCCUGCCUUAAUAAUGGUGUGUGUAAGGAGAAAGGCAGGAGAGGGUUCAAAUGUGACUGCCCCAAGCUGUUUCAUGGAAAAACAUGCGAGAAAGCCCCUAAAGUGUGCAGGAGAGGUCUUUGUGGACGGGGUGAGUGUGUGCUGACUUCAACUCGUCCGUUCUACGAGUGCAAAUGCAAAUACCCAUUCCAGCCUCCAGACUGCAAACGGUUUUCUGUUUGCGAGCCGAAUCCAUGCAGAAAUGGGGGCCAGUGCAUUCGGGAUGGAAAUGACUUCGACUGUCAGUGCCCCCAAGGGUUCAGAGGAAGGUUCUGUCAUGUCGGCCCAGACGACUGCUAUGUGGAUGAUGGAGAGACUUACCGUGGGAAUGUGAGUGAGACAGAAGAUGGCCACGACUGCCUCUACUGGAAUUCCCACUUCAUCCUGAACAAAGGAGUUGAUCCCUUCAACUCAUUUGAGAACAAAGAAGGGCUUGGCCCUCACAACUUCUGCAGAAACCCAGAUGGAGAACCAAGGCCCUGGUGUUUUUUCAGAAGAGGACAUAGAUUGUUUUGGGACUACUGUAAUGUGACUAAAUGUUCUCAACCAACAGGUGAACCCCCUUCUGUUAAGCCGCCACCUUCUACUACUAAAGCACCAGCGACCACCAAGGAUCCACAGCCAUCCCAACGACCUACAGAUGCCCCGAUUGUUCCAACUCCAUCUCUUGCACCAAAACAGUUCGAAAUCUGUGGUGAGCCUCAACCAACACGGGCCUUAACUCGAAUCUUUGGGGGUCUGAAAGUCAGUCCUGGGGCAAUACCCUGGCAGGUUUCGUUGCAACAGAAACCAAAGAACUCCAACAUGAAAUACAGCCAUGUCUGUGGAGGAGUUCUGAUCGCGAGCUGCUGGGUUCUGACGGCUGGACACUGCAUUGAAAAAAAUAAGGAUAUGCGGGUGGUGAUGGGUACUCUGUCACUGAAUACGCCUGACCCAUCAGCUCAAAUCAUUGCAGUUGAGAAUGCAAUUGUGCAUGAGAACUACAGGGAGACUUCUGUUGCUGUUUACAAUGACAUAGCUUUGUUAAGGCUCAGGGGGAGAGAUGGAGUUUGUGCAAAUGAGACCCAGUUUGUAAAGACAGCUUGUCUGCCAAGUGCCCAACUCUCUGAUGGGAAGGAGUGCACCAUUUCUGGAUGGGGGGCCACCGAGGACUCGAACUAUGGCACCAAUCACCUGUUAGAGGCCAAUGUUCUGCUGAUCAGCCAGACAAAGUGCUCCGAGUCCAGUGUUUACGGGAACGUCGUGGAUAGUAGCAUGUUCUGUGCAGGUCACCUGCAGGGAGGAGUAGAUUCCUGUCAGGGGGAUUCUGGAGGACCGCUGACUUGCAAGCAGAAUAACACCAGUGUUGUUUACGGUCUGGUGAGCUGGGGAGAUCAGUGUGGAAGGAAAAACAAGCCAGGGGUUUACACAAGAGUCACUCACUUCCUGAAUUGGAUUAAGGCAAAGACUCAAGCACUUUCAUAAAUAACCUGAGGACAUUAGUUUUAAACAUGCCAGUAUGUUUGUCCAGGAAUGAAGCUGUGAUUGAGGGUUAUUUGGUGUUGUUUCAUGACUGCUCUGAACCUGAUUGAUCUGUUAUGCAACCAAAAGAAAGACCUGAAAUCUUCUGAACAUAUGUCAUAUUUCCUUAUGAUGACAGGGGAAUUUAAAAAACUCAAUAAAAGGUGACAACAUUGUGUUCCUUCA